CUUGGGAUGGUGAUUAGCUCCAUAUAUUAGCUCCUCCUUUUCAUGUAUGUCAAAACCUUGUGACAAAUAUGCAGAUUUGGAUAGGAAAACAAGGAUGAUGUUGAACCUCAUAGAAGAAGAUGGUGAUUCAUUUGCCAAGAGAGCUGAAAUGUACUACGAAAAGAGACCAGAACUGAAAAAAAUGGUAGAAGACCUCCACAAAUCAUACCGUUCUUUAGCCGAAAAGUACGACCAGCUGCGAUCCGAUUCCACUGAAUUAUCAGCUGAUCAUUCAUCAACGCCAUUGUCAAGUUCCUUCAAGCAAGUCCAACAUCCUCACAUUACCGGCACAAGAUCCUUCAAAAUCACCAAAGUCGCGCCAACAAAUUCCCUCGAACGAGAAACUAACGAGCAAAACAGAAUAGGAGGCAGGGACGCGAAGAUAGAUGGCAUUGAAUCCGAUCGCGAUGGGAGGAGGAUUGAUUCCGGCAUUUGGGAGAGGGAGCAAACGUGGGAUGAGUUGCGGCUGAGCGUGUCGGAACUGAUGGAGGAUGUUUCGAGGCAGCAGGCUGAAUUGAUAAGGAGAAGUGACGAGAAGAGGGAAAAAAUCACAGCUCUACGGAUCCAUAUCAGUAGGCUAACGGAGGAGAACACGGCUUUAAAAGAUCGUGUGGCGCGGUACGCGGAUGUUAUGAAGCAAAACCAAUCUCCCAUGUCGAAGAUGAAAGGAUUAAUUCUCGGGAGAUCGUUGCGAUAGGCUUGUUUUAUCUGCGCGAAAAUCAUUUUGUUUUGUGGAUUUGAACUAAGAAUAAGCCUACUAAUAUUGAACGCAAGC